AUGGGAUCUAUCAGUCUCUUCAUGAUAGGAUCAUCUAUUAAUCGGGAUCCUAUCUGGAUCAAGGAUAUCUUGGGUAUCUAUCGGAUAUGCUGGUCUAUAAUAUGGGAUGCUCAGGGUCUCUUCAUUGAUGGGAUAUCUAUCUAUCUAUCUAUCUAUCUCAUCCUAUCUAUCUAUCUAUCUGGGAUCUAUCUCACAUCUUCGUGGUUCACCCCUCUCCCAUCCCUCUUUCUGCCCGUCUGCCUGUCUGGGACUCAAUUUAUCCUAUCUUACCUCCGAAGGGAUGCUGAGAUGUUCGCGCUAUUAAAUAAUGUUCCUAUCUAUCUAUCUAUCUAUCUAUCUAUCUAUCUAUCUAUCUAUCUAUCUCAGGCUGUUCAUAUCUAUCUAUCUAUCUAUCUAUCUAUCUAUCUAUCUAUCUCAGUCUGUUCAUAUCUAUCUAUCUAUCUAUCUAUCUAUCUAUCUAUCUAUCUCAGUCUGUUCAUAUCUAUCUAUCUAUCUAUCUAUCUAUCUAUCUAUCUAUCUAUCUAUCUAUCUAUCUAUCUCAGUCUGUUCAUAUCUAUAUCUAUCUAUCUAUCUAUCUAUCUAUCUAUCUAUCUAUCUAUCUAUCUCAGUCUGUUCAUAUCUAUCUAUCUAUCUAUCUAUCUAUCUAUGUAUACAUUCUCACCCCAUCUCUCUCUCACACAUGUCUCUCUAUCUAUCAUGGUCUGCUCAAAUGUUUCUAUCUCAAACUGUUUCUAUAUUAAGUAG